ACAAAAAGCUUUGGAGUUAACAUGCACCAACGAUAAAUUGUAAUUAAUUUAACAAGGAGAGAUUUAUUAGGUUGAGAGAUUAACUUAAAUGUUCGAACAUUAUUUGACGACAUAAAAGUAUAAAAUAGCGCAUAUAACAUAUCAGUUUGAAGAUUAAAGUACAAAUUGAUUUUGUUGUUCCAAUAAAGGAGGAACUAUUUUCUGUUUAUAUUAUCAAAUCGUACAAAACGUAUGACAAGUAUAAAAAUUCAAUUUCUAUGCGAUAAAUUGAAAAUUCUUCUUACGAUAAAUGUAGUUUGACAAGCGACUCAAAUCAUUGCAAAAAGGGAGAAGUGGAUAGCGAAACGAGCAAUGUUCAGGGUGCAAUUAAUUUAGAAGAUGCAUGGAAUAUACGCAUUCGUUACGCGUCGUUCCACGGCUCUUCCAACGAUUAUUGCCCAUACAUUGUCCCAGCUUUUGCCUCCUUGUUGUUCCUUUAUCGCGGAGGAACGUCUAUUGCCUCUGAUUAUCCACGCUUUUGGCGUGUACGCUCGCCUACGAGGGAACGUUGUCACUUCCUACGUGCGUGGUUAGCCACGCUCGGUAGCCGGAGAACAAACGGGCAUCAAGGUGAUCGGCCACAGCGAUAUCUACGAACGAGAAAGACCCAGGAUCGCCUACGCGGAGUUACACGUUAACUUCUCACCGGUCACAAGCGAGGAAUCCCCUUAAGGAAUAGGAACGUGCUUCUUAUAAUGGAUUUACCGAGAACCCCGUGCUCCGAUUAUUAGAAAAUGUACAAUAUUUAUAAAUAAAAAAAUUUAUCAACGUCAAAACAAUUCGUACGUUGUCCACAUUUUUCCAAACCUUCUUUCUGAUAAAUUGAAAUUCUUCUAGGUAUACGACACUCUCAAUCUAAAAUUCCACAAGGUUGUCGGUCGAAGGAGCACAGAAACCGCGCCGGGAUCCUCCGUGUCCAGAAGACAGUGACAAAUUAUAAUUCCUGCGGAAAGUGAGCAGGAUUAAGUUCAGCAUGCGACACGCGGCAGUACAAUCACUUUUGUUCGAUGAUUUUUACCAGAAACAUGUUCGCGCCCUGGCGACCGCGUCCGGGUCAGUCGCGUCAAGGUCGAGGAGAAUCGGAGUUGAUUUUGUCGCGGGAAAAGGGCGGAUUCCACGGCUGUUCGCGGUCGAGAGGUAAAAAAGCUGCGGCAGGCGAAUAAUUUCGCUUAUACCGGCGAUGCGUUCGAUCAAGGUCGGUCGAAUUGUUGGCGCGUAAGGCUACGACGAAACGCAAUCACGUCGUUCAUUGUAUCAAGGGAUCUUGCGGUGAGCAGCAAAAAAAGAGGCCUGCGGUCUUGCCGUUAAUAAACGAGAACCUUGAUGAACUAAUGACGUUAAUUACGAUUGUGCAUAGUCAGAUUAUAUUUCAAUUCUUCGACUGUUAUUUGCGUUCCAUGAUAAUUAAUGCGAUACAAGGCCACGUUGUAAGCGUCUUAUAUUAAUCAAUGUAGUACAAGGACGCUUCGUGUGCGUGUGACGUUAAUUGAUGCAACAUGAAGACGCACCCUAUGCGUCCGCCUGCAUAAUAGUAGCGUAAUUAAAUGUUAUUAAAAAACAAAGGUCCAUUAAGUACGAAUAUCGUUAAUCAUCGGUAACCGCAACAUUAUUUCAGCGACUUCCAUACAACGUAGUCAUUAAAGUGCCGAGGCGCAAAGUACCAAGUGUGUAUAUCUUGCGACUACCUCGAACCCCAUCCUCGAAAGGUAUUCGUGGUCCAUUACAGAAAACGCGUAUCUAGUUCCAGCGUUCACGUGACGCGGUGAAAAACGAGAAAACGGAGAAACCGGCAAAUAAAACGAUCCCGGCGAAGAAACCAGCCACGCGAAGGGCGUGGCAACGACGAUUCUUCGCGGAUCCCGGAUCCAGGAUCGAGGGAUCCCGUCUACGAGUAUUCGGUCAACGUAUCAGCUUGUCCUUCGACGAUUCUGCUGGUUCCUGGUUCGAAGACACCGGUCGCUGGCUCGCUCGUCCCCUCCGCCAUGUAUAUAAGUCAAAACGGGAUCGGAAGCAAGGUGCACAGGCCGAACAGUCCUUCGACGAGCAAGGAGGUUCGAGCGGGAACACACACUUAUCGUACGAUGCAGUCUAUGAUUCCAUUCUUCAUGGCUUUGAGCCUGGUUUCGGCCACCCGGCUGAGUCUGCUACCCUACGCCUACUUGUCGGCGCCUUUCCCGGUGACCCACCACUUCCAGGACACGAGGACAGGCGUGCACGCGUACAGUUACGCUGGAGGUCCCUCGGCCAAGGAGGAAAUCAAGGACGCCGAUGGGGUUCUUCGAGGAUCCUACAGCUACGUGGACGCGAACGGUAUCCUGCAAUCUGUCUUCUACAUCGCGGACGAGAACGGUUUCCGCGUGGCGGCCACGAACUUGCCCACGGACGACAACCUGGAACCCGCAGAGAGUCACAUCCUGCUGGCCAGAAGCGCGGAUUCGGAAAAGUCGAGCCGCAAGAAGCGUAGCGCCGAGGAGUCUCCUCAGAAUCCAGAUCAGAAAGAUGUUAAGAACAUCAGCGAUCAGGGAUCAAGCUCGGAGCCCCAGCAGCUGUCGAUCCCUUCGAAUCAGCAGAACGAAUCGCAGGACAAAAUCGAAAAGGAAUACGGGGUCGUUAUCAUCAAUCCGGGUGAUCAACCCAGCGAUACCCCUCUGGAGACCAAACCAGCCAAGCCUCAGUUCGUUUCAGUUCCCAACCUAUUUGAAAGUCUGCUUUCCGACCACGAGAACCGCAACGAGCUGUACAAGCAGUUGGGCAUAGAGGGCUCGAAGUCGAAGAACGCGGUCAAAAUCGACCCUGAACCGAUCACCGUCGUUCCGUCGUCUGUGGCGGUUCCGCUGACCUCUCCAGAAGUGCAUUGGAAAAACUGUCCAUGCAGAGAUUCGAUCGGAUUCGAAUCGCGUCUUGAAAGUCAAACGAACGCCGGCUGA